AUGCACAAGUUAUUUCGGAGAGAAGUCGCAUCGAUUCAGUCUUCCCUUAAACUUUGUUUCGGAAUUAAAAACUCGAGAUUUAGUUUUUUACUUCUUUCAAAAUCAUUGUUUACACAAAAUCUCUCAACAAGGAAAUUAUAUCAUCAUAAUAUCAUCCAUGGAGCACAUAUUCAACAUGACAAGAACAACCAAUGUCAUGAGGACGAUCACGAUUCCAACUCUUUGAUGACGAUGAAGGAUUUGGAGUUAAUUUUUAAAACUAAAUCACUUCAUCAAGAUCAUUCCAAUCAGGCACUUUUUCAAUUCAUAAAUCAUGUACUUUAUCAAUCAAACGGAGAAGCUUUUUUAUAUAUUUUCAAGAGCAAACAUACAAGACCUUACGAGGAAGAAAUUAUUCUUUCAAAUGACUUGCAAAUUCCAAUAACUUUGCUCCGAAAUAUUCAAAACAAAGCAGUCGUACGAAUGAAUAGUGAACAGGAAUUGUUGAACGUUCUUUCCGAUUUGGCUCUUUAUGGUGGAGCUUAUGCAGAGAGACCUGAAAAUUCACUGGCUGAGAGUUGGGCCAUUGAAACGAUUCAAUCAUGGAAAUCAAUAAUUCAUCACAAGCAGAGUCACAAAAAUAAUAUGCCUCCCUCGUUUGAUGUAAAUAAUAUCGAUAUUAUCAACACUGAAAAUUUGUUGGAAUUUUCAAGUGGCAUUUGUAUUAACCUGUAUGAAUUGGAUUCUGCAAAAGCAGAUGCAUGUUGGAGUUCUGGCACUACUGUUUCUCAUUCUAAAAUCACUAUUGAGGACAAUUCUUCAUUAAUUUCAAGAAUUAACAAGAAUCCUCCGUUCGCCGAGUUCAAAUACUUUUUCAAUGGCUCCAUUUGGGACAAAAUUUUGCUGUGUAACUUCAAAUGGUCUGCAUCUGAAAAGAACAUGGAAUACUAUUAUGUGCUAGUUGGAAUUACAGACAAGGAAUAA